UAAGCUGUUAAAUGCUAAUGUUAGCCCGGCUAUAAUGCUAACCAUUCCUUUGAACUAACGUUAGAUAAGCCGGCUAAGACCUCAAGUUUUCUACCCGCAGUCUGAAGCUGAUCACCUGUCGUCAACUCUGCGCCACGCGUUGACAAACACACACGGCACGAGUUUCACCUUGUUAGAAACAGAGUUGUACACGAAUACAGACGGCCCUCGGCAAUAACACCGACUUGAGAUGCCAAAGUACUGUUCUGUCCCAAACUGUAAGAAUGACGGAAACGGCAGCGAGAGGAAGAGUUUCUACAAGUUCCCUCUACAGGACCCGGUCCGGCUGCAGCAGUGGCUGAGCAACAUGCGGAGGGGCAGCUGGACGCCCUCUCGGCACCAGUAUAUUUGCCACGAGCAUUUUGCGCCGUCGUGCUUCAAGGUGCGAUGGGGCAUCCGUUACCUCGAGAGCGACGCUGUGCCGACAGUCUUCCCGGAGGUUGAGAAACGGAAAGCAGUGGAUCCCAGCGAGGCGGCGCCCAAACGGCUACGCGCUCACCACGAGCAAAGCGUGGCGCUGACUGGCGACGGGAUGCCGGCUGCAGACGCCACGGAGAGGGAAGGUGAAACUUCGCACGGCGUACACCUGUUGGAGAUCACUGUUGACCCUUCGCCUCAGGGGGAAAGCAGCCGGUUGGAGGCGAGCGAUGCCGGGGAGUCGGACUGCCCUCUGACGGCUGACCUGGAGUCAGUGGUCGGGUUCAAGCCGGUGCCGAGUUUCCCUUUGACUCUGUUCCAGACAGGACGCAGCCUGACUAACGGCGAGGAGGUGGUUGUGAUGUCCGAACGCCCCUUUGGUGCGGGGCCGGGUGAGCUUGCCGCCAUCUUGACUCUCUCGGAAGAGCCCUCGGGGGGAACCCAAGUCCUCGCCUACUUGGAGACCAUGCCGAGCGUUUUCCACAGCGAGCCCGCCGUCCGCCCCGACACGGUGCUGGCGUCCGCGCUAAGCGCCGAGCCCAUCACGUCCACUCUGCCCAUUGUGUCCAAGCACAUAGCUGCCCCCGCCGCGUCCCUGGACACGGGAGAGGAGGACGACGUCACAUCGGAGGAGGAGGAGGAGGAGGAGGAGCACGGCGUCGCAGAGCGGCCGGAUCACCAGCUGGAGGAGCACUGCUACCACAAAAGCAGCCUGAGCGAGGAGCAGCUCGAGGCGAUCGUGGGCGAACUGCAGAAGAAGGUGAAGGUGCUGCAGCAGCGCCACCGCCGCCACCUGGAGAAGCUCCUGGGCCUGGAGAACACGGUCAGCCAGCUGAGGCAGAGCAACCUGCUGAACGAGGAGCGCCUGCAGCUGCUGGAGAGGGCUUGCAUACAGAGCGGCUCAGCGGGGUCGGGUGGCGCAGAGACCGUGACCAUCAUCUACGAGGAAGACGACAACGCAGCAUACUUGUACACGCCGCUGGUCGCCGCGGACCAGAAGCUGUGAUAGAGAGUCUGUGACGGGCCAAACAAAGACGCUACUUGAUUAGUAUUUUUUGUCAUCUAACAAAUUGAAUGAAAUCUGUAGGGAUGUUGCCAGAUCUGCUGUGAGCUUUGCACAAAUAUGUAUGGGACAGCGUAGAAUGUGGGUUUUUAAAGCGGUCGACCUUCUACUUCUCACCCCGCCUUCUUCCAACCACUAUUCGUCAGACCUGAUGUAUUUGUUUUGUGAUGAUAAACGUAUCAAAUUCAAAACAAUUU